AUGAAAACCUCCUCGCCCGCGAAUUGGGCAGUUGCCAGCAUGGCUGGCCUCUUCAUGAGUCCACUAUUAGUGCAGGCCAGCACCUCAAACACGAAAUUGCUGCCAGCGCCCCCCAUGGGCUUCAACAACUGGGCCCGAUUCAUGUGCGAUCUGAAUGAGACGCUGUUCACCGAUACUGCAGACUCUAUGCGAUCCCGCGGCCUCUUGGCCGCAGGUUACAAUCGCCUUACACUGGAUGAUUGUUGGAUGCGCAUGGAGCGCUCUGCCAACGGCUCCCUGGAGUGGGACACUGACAAGUUCCCCAACGGCAUCCCUUGGCUUAGGGAAGAAGUGAAAAGCAAAGGCUUCCUCCUCGGCAUCUAUGAAGACUCCGGAGAUCUGACCUGCGGUGGCUACCCAGGCUCCUAUCAGUACGAGAAACAGGAUGCCGAACUCUUCGCUAGCUGGGGCAUUGACUACCUCAAGAUGGACGGAUGCAACGUUGAGCCCGAGGAGGGCCGCUCACUCCGCGAGGAGUACGAUGUUCGCUACAGCAAAUGGCACGAUAUUCUGAGUGCUCUUCCAGAGCCACUGAUCUUCUCGAAUUCCGCGCCUGCAUACUUCCAGGACAACGCCUCAGACUGGGCGGUCGUCAUGGACUCGUGUCCGGAGUAUGGCGAGCUGGCGCGGCACUCAGCCGAUGUGCAGGUCUUUGAAACCAAGAGCAGUCCUUGGAAUAGUAUCAUGUUUAACUAUGACUACCACACGCUUCUGGUGCGCUACCAGCAGCCGGGCUAUUAUAACGACCCGGACUUCCUGAUCACCGACAAUCCAUAUCUUAGCAAAGAUGAGAAAGCGUCCCAAUUCGCACUCUGGGCUUCCCUCGGUGCACCAUUGAUCAUCAGCGCGCACAUCCCCGACCUCACGGACGACGAGAUCAAACUUCUCAGCAAUGAGGCCCUUAUCGCCGUGGACCAGGACCCAUUGGCGCAGCAGGCUGCCCUCGUGAGCCGAGACGGUACCUUCGAUGUUUUGUCCCGCUCCCUGGAGAGCGGGGAUAGACUCCUUGCCGUGGUGAACCGUGGUGACAAUGCGGGCAAGACGAGCGUUCCCCUGGCCCGUCUCGGUCUGUCUGACUCUAAGUGCGAGUAUAAGGCGCGCGAACUGCUGACUGGCAAGGAGACAACCGUUGACUCUGCUUUCGACAUUCAGCUGAAUUCUCACGCCACUGCUGUCUACCGUGUUGAGCUCCCUGAGGAUUGCGACAAGACCAUCCCCACUGGAAUGGUUUUCCAUACUCCAUCUGGUCUCUGCAUGACGGCUAGUGGUCAAUCUGUCAGCUAUGAGAAAUGCAGUGCCUCGGAUUCUCAGGUCUGGCAAGUAGCAGGCAAGGACAGUAAGGUGACGUUGAGCCCCCUGUCAGAUACAUCCCUUUGCCUUGCUGGAAAGGAUGGCCAGCCUUCGCUUGCUACGUGUGAAGACGGUGCCGGUACCACCUGGGAGCAUUAUCUCACCGGUCAUCUGCGCAACGAGGAUGCUGGAGGCUGUUUGACUAAGGGCUCGGGCAAGGGGAUCGAAGCAUGUGUGGUGGACAAUGCUGCGCAGAUAUUCGGAUUGGCAAGUGGAGUCCGUCUGGCUGAUAAAGGCUUGCGCUAG